AUGGCUUAAAAUUUUCACGGCAAUCUACCAAAAGAGUUCGAAGGAUUCCUCCAUGAAGUCAAAUCUGUGGUUUAGGCCAGACAACAAGCAUUGAAUGAAAACAUUCAAUAAGAAUAAAGGAAGUGCAUUGAAGGAAAGAAGGAAUAAGACUUUUUGAAGUGUUAAACUCUAUUAGCAAAGAAGUUAGAGAAGAAUGAAGCAUUGUUUUAGUUCAAGAUGAUAUAUUGGAGAGAGACAUCAGUCUAAUGUUUCAAGGCAUAAGAAUAAAAAGGUGCAGGAACUGAUCAAUGUAAGGCUGAUUCUAAGAAAUUGUUGGAGACUGUCUUUGAUUCCUUUAAAAUAUGA